AUGAACUUCUACAACACCUCAGCAUCGACGGUAAUGCAACUUGAGCGUAAGCAGCUCAUGGGAUAUGAAGAUUUGCGAUUUUGAAUUGACGGGAGUGGCUACGUUGACAAGAUGCCCGUCACAAAGUUCAGCGUCCCAGAGAAAUACACCUACCUCUCAGGAUUUGGGGGCUACCAUCAAUCCGAAGCCAUACCAGGCGCUCUCCCCAUUGGCAUAAACAGUCCCCAACUGCCUCCCUUCUCCCUAAGCACCGAGCGCAUCUCCGGCACCUCAUUCACAGCCCCCCGCUCUCAAAACCUCCAAACAUGGCUCUACCUCGUCCAUCCCUCCCUCUCCCAUUCCGAUUUCUCGCCCUUACCCUCCUCUUAUCGCUCUCCCUCAAUUCUGUCAUCCGAUGAAGAGUUUCAUCUCACACCCAACGCUCUACGCUGGAAUGACUUCCCCAUAACGCCUAACCAGGACUGGAUUUCAUCGCAGAAAAUAAUAGCCAAGUCCGGCUCCCCAGCAAAGAAAGAAGGACUAGCAUAUAUGAUAUACGCUGCCUCAGAAUCAAUGCCACCACAGACCAUCUUCUCUUCCUCAGACAGCGACUACCUCAUCAUCCCGCAAUCCGGGACCCUCGACAUCCACACCGAACUCGGGCACCUCCUCGUGCGCCAAAACGAAAUCUGCGUCAUACCUCGCGGGAUCCGGUACCGAGUCAGCCUCCCGAAUGGUCCGGCAAGAGGCUAUAUCUGUGAACUAUAUCAAGGGCACUUCCAACUUCCCGAACUGGGACCCAUUGGAUCUUGCUCUCUUGCCAAUGUGCGAGAUUUCCAGAUCCCUACAGCUUAUUUCGAAGGCAGCAUUUCGAACGGGGUAGCGACGUGUGAGAGAGAGGCUUGGACGGUUGUGACGAAAUUGGCAGGCAAGCUGUGGCAGUGUAGCCAAGCGCACACCCCGUUCGAUAUUGCUGCUUGGCAUGGGACGUAUUACCCGUAUAAAUACGAUCUUGGGAGGUUCAGUGCGAUUGGAAGUAUUUCGUUCGAUCAUCCGGAUCCGAGUAUCUCUACUGUGCUCACGGCGCCGAGUCAUCGUGAGCCGGGGACUGCGGUUGUCGAUUUUGCGAUUUUUCCGCCUAGGUGGCUGGUUAUGGAGGGUACGUAUCGGCCGCCGUACUUUCAUAGGAAUUCUAUAAGUGAGUUUGCUGGUGUCGUUAUUAAUAGCCAGGAGGAGGAGAGUGUGUGGAAUAAGGGGGAGGGGUUUGGGCCGUUUGGAGCGACGUUGAAUGGGGCUAUGGUGUCGCAUGGUAUGGACAGGAGGACGCACGAGCAGGCAAGGAAACAAGAGUUGAGGCCGGAGAAGGUGGGGAUGGAGGGCUUUACGAUGUUUUUGUUGGAGAGUGAGAGGAUGAUGGGGGUUAGUGGGUGGGCUUUGGAGGCUGCGGGGGAGGGGGGUAGUAAGGGGCCGAUUAGUGGUGCUUUGAAGGAUCAGGAGAAGGCGAAGUUGUGAUAUUGAGGAAUGAGUCCGGAGUUGAGGAGGUCGGUGUAAAUAUGUUAUGGGAUUGGAAAAUGGUUUGGGAGUAUAUUGUCAAAUAACCUCGUCUCCGGUACAACAAGGAAAUACCAAUUGGAUGUUACUCCACGAGGAGACUCCUGAAGAUUCGACUGCUUGAACGUUCGAAGAGAACCCAAACAUCAAGUAAUGACGCACAAGUCCGAGACAGUAGGUAAUAAUAUAGCAUGAUGCCAAU